UCUGCAUGACAUUGAAGCUACCACACGUGCGAAGUAGCGAGAAAUAGAAACGUCAGGUAGUUUUAGCGGUUAUCAUCUAGUUUACGUACGUGUAUCUCCUGAUAGUCAACUCUGAAUUAUACAUGGAAGACUACAUGUUAACCUGAAGAAUUCAUAAAGCAAUCCAGUAUUAGUCAUGGCAACCACAUAUCAGCAGAGUGGCAGAGAAUCCCCAGCCAAGUACCAGGAGGUGGACACCAGCCCAGUUGGGGAUCCCACAGCCGACCAAGGUUCAACUCCCAAGAUGAAUGCAGAUGCGAUAUUACAGAAGCUUGGGGCCUAUGGACGAUAUCAGGUACUGGUGUUUGUGUCACUGGCCUUUGUUUACAUGAGGGGGGCAUGGCCUGUCCUAGCAAGUAUAUUCCUGGCCGCUGACCCUGGACACCACUGCAGGGUGCCUAGCAACACAUCCCUCAAUGUGUCCCUUCCUGGCAAGGUUGAUGACGAUGGGACAUGGACCCCUGACCAGUGUGUUAUGUAUGUCCCUGGGAGUGACCGAAACCAGACACAGAGUUGUAGUAAUGGCUGGCAGUAUGGGGAUCAGUUUGAUUCUACCAUUCUAAUGGAGUGGGACCUAGUCUGUGAUGACAGCUACCUGGGAGAACUCUCCACCACCAUCUACAUGGUCGGAAACACAUGUGGAGCCAUACUGUUGACUCCACUCUCGGAUAAGUUUGGUCGUAAGAAGAUGAUCCUGUUCAUGUUGUGGAUACAGGGUGUUUUUGGUGUCGCGACAGCAUUCGCCAAUAGCUACAUCCUCUUCACUGUCCUGCGCUUCUUCAUCGCCGCUCUCAACAUGCCUAUAGCACUUACAACCUAUGUGAUGAUGACAGAGGUAUUCCCUGCCUCCCACCGAGCCCUACCAUCUGUGGGCAUCAACUGUUUUUGGGGUAUCGGCCUGAUUUUCUUGUCCGUAUUCGGCUACCUAGUGCGAGACUGGAGUCACCUACAGCUGUUAAUCUCCAUCCCAAACUUCCUCACAGUCAUGUACUACUUUUUCCUCCCAGAGUCUAUACCAUGGUUGGUGGCAUCCAAUAAGUAUACAGAGGCAGAACAGGCUGCUAGAACUGCUGCCAAGAUCAACAAUAUCACCCUACCCGAGUUUCUGUUCAAUAGGGAAGUUACAUCUGUUGAAACACACACUGAAGGACAGAGCCAGGAGGCACUGGUUAGGGCGAGAGCACUUGUUAAAAAAUACACAAUACUGGAUCUGUUUAAAACUCCCAAACUCAGGCGCUAUACCCUCAUCCUGUUGUACCUCUGGGCAGCCAACAGUUUGAGUUACUUUGGUAUUCUAUUCGCCACACCUAAUCUGCAUGGUAAUCUGUUCCUAAAUCUUGGCAUCAGUGGAGCAGUUGAGAUACCUGCACUGUUUAUUUGUAUGUGGACGAUGCAAGUGUAUGGACGGCGGAGACCUCAUGUAGUAUUCCUACUUUUGUGUGGGGUCAUGAAUAUUAUUACAAUUUUUGUUCCAGAAAAAACAGAAUCUGGAACUGAUUUAACUCCCCUGAUCAUAUUCUUGGCUAUGGUUGGAAAGUUUGGUAUCACAGCUUCGUACUCGGUGGCUUACCUGUACGCAUCUGAAAUAUUUCCCACUGUUGUCAGGAACCAUGCUGUUGGUCUGGCCUCGUUCUUUGAAAACAUUGGUGGUAUUGCAGCUCCGUUCAUUGUAUACGCUGCGACAAGUGACUCGAUGAAGAAGUUACCGCUGGUGAUAUUUGGUGUCAUCACCUUAGUGGCUGGAAUCUUGUGCAUCUUCCUUCCUGAAACACACAAAUGUCCUCUCCCAGAUACAAUCGAAGACGUGGAAAAACUAAGUGGGAAAAGAAGGUUCAGAGACAAUCCCACUCGGGACAACACUGACACAGACGCUGAGGAUGGCACACGGCUGUGAAUACUUACUGGAGAAGAACUUUCAGUUCUGUAAUUUGAUCCAGUCAUGAUCCUAGGAGAUUCUGUUUAGUGCUACGUUAAUGUUCUUAUUAACUGAAGGGGAAUGUGAACUGCCACGCACAUCACAUGAUGUCUAACAAAAUCACAACAUUGUCAUCUUGUCCCUGACAUUUAAUUCUUUAGAUCUGGGAACCUGUUACAUUUGUCUGGAUAUACAUGCUUUUUUCCUGUGUCAAUUUCUGACAUAACUCAGCAUUCAUUAUUUGUGGAAUUGAUGAACUGAAUUCAUUUUUUAUCAGAUAUUGUUCAGAUCAAUGCAGAAAUGUGUUGUGUGCUAAAUCACAAUUUGAAAAAAUUGAGUGAUUGUUAUAACAGAAAGUGCUGAUUUAUUAAGAACUUAGUGGUAAUUUGCUUAAAAUCAUUUGAUUUUUAUGAAAUUUUGUAAUCAUGGAAAAUUUAUAAAACUAAGGCUUUGUACAUUUGAGCAAAAUAUUUGCAUGAACAAUUUCAUAGGAAGGGAGAUAACUCACAUAGUGAUAUAUCCUCAAUUAUAGAUAUGAAAAUUGUUGAAGAUGAUUAUUUUUAACUGAAAAAAAUCAAUAGAAACUCAAAUCAAUAUUGCUAUGACUUAUAUUUGCAAAUAAGAACUUUCAAAACUUUUGUUUUUUAAAUGGCAAUAAAUAAUGUUUCUUUCAAAAUAUCACAUCAUCUAUUAUAUAAACCUAGUUUGGACUGGUGUGUUAGGUGUGUGGCGCUGGUUUACAACAUGUACCUGGCAGAUGUUGAUGGGAUCAGUGUUAUAGUUAUACAUGUAUAAAGUGCCUGCCUAACACUAUCCAACCCAUAUGUCUGUAAUAGUACUUAGAAAUAGUGUACUAGAGUUAGCAAGGCGCUAUAUCUGUAUUACUAGAUUCUUGUUUGAUUUGAAGGAGUAUUUGUAAAACUAAUAAGAUAUAAGAUAUCUGGUUUAAGUAGUAAGAAAAACUUUUUGUAUAAUUAUUUUGUAAUAAUUGUUGGUUUUAUGUAUCACAAUAAGACAUAUUGUGGCCCCUGCUUAACGAAGUUGACUGGGGAUGUACAAACAAGUUCUGUUUGUUGGUGUGUCUGUCUAUCCAUGAACAAUUAUUGCCUUCUGCGUUAUUGUUUUCAAGAAAUUUCCAGGUUUCAUGGAAACAGAGUGUAAAGUAUGUAUAUUUGUACAUUUUUGUGUGUAUAUGCAUUUCCAGAGCAUAUCCCAAAAUCUUAUAGAUUUGUUAUUAGAAUUUUCAACAAGAGGUGUUUUGGACUUUCUGAUCUGAAGAAAAUUUUAUUUGUCAUGGAAAUGGUGUUUUGAUUUUAAAAAUUAACACUGCAGAGGGAUGCCUUUAAAUACUUUCUGGUUUCUGUUUUCAAGAAAUUUCUAGUUAUUAAGGAAACUGUGUACAACACAUUUUGUUUCCAUAUCUCAAAAAUAUUUUCAGAUUUGUUUUUGACAUUGAAAAUGAAUGUGUUAGUUGUUUUCACUGUAACAGAGGGGACCAUGGUAUAGUGUUGACAGUCCUGUUGUUGGUUUUGCGUAUCAAAUAAGAUAUUGUUGGUUUUAGUCAGUAAUGAUAGGCUUUGUUGCUUAUAUGCAUUUAAUAAUAAAACGUAUUGUUGGUUUUAUAUAUUUUUGUCGUUGGGUUUUACAUAUUAUGAGUAUUGUUGAUUUUUUUUUUUUAAUUUCUUUAAUUUUUGAAGAUUUUUCAACAGUACAUAAUACAUUUACAAUUAAUUUUCCCAUACAACAUACACACACUCAUUCCAUUUCUAGUCAUUAGCAAAUAUUCUAACACUAUAUUAAAGAUACAUAAUUUUUAUUGUUAAUAGUGUAGCUGCAUAUAAUUAUGAUAUGUACUGUUUUUAAGAAAGAAAAGAUUGAGAGAGAUAAGAAUUAAAGGAAGAAUAGAAUCAACAUAGAGAAGGAGAACCUGAAUAAGAGGGAGAAGGGGUUCAUGCUGACAUGACAAAGGACUUGAUGUAUUUAUUAAAAGAAUAUAACUCGUUCAUGAGUAAAGUCUCUGAUUAAUGUUAUUUUUAUUAUAAUAUUAUAUUAAUAUUAAUAUUGCCAGGGACUUUGACCAGUUUUUGUAUCAACUAUAUUUCCAUACACAUACAUAUUGUAAAUAUUUGUAGAAUAUAGAUAUCACUAUAGAGGAUAUAAAAAUAUGACAUUGAUAGUUAAUCAUACCAAGAUUCACCCAACUUGAGACUUAGAGGAUUAUAUGUUAUGAUUAGUUUCUAUACGUUAUUCAUGCUAAUUAUCAUUGUGCAAUUUACCACUACUUCGUGUCUUUUCAAACCGUGUUCAUUGCUGAAUAAACAUAUUUUAAAGUAAACGGAACAGAGUCCCAUUUAAGACUGAAUGAUAGUAUAUGAUUCUGAACCAUGUUAAGGCAAAGUACACCACAUUCUAGACAUAGAUUCUUGUAUAAAAAGUAAAAUGUAUAAAAAAAUAUCUGAGAGAAUUUUCAAUAAGGAACAAUGCUACUUAAGAGACUACAAGUAAUAAUAGCAGGACAUACCAAGUUUUGUUGAGAGUAAAAUCAAGCAAGACUGAAGCAAUGAGAUAACAAAGGGCAAUAACUCUUACAGAAAAACACGACUUCCUAUCAUAUUCAUAAAGUUUACCAAGUUCAGAUAUCAGUUACAAUACAAGAAGUGAUCACCAGGCAAACGUGUCUAUGCAGAGGACAGACAUGGAAAUCGCAUAUCUCGUAUCAUUUUAAACGAGAAUGAAACAUCUAAGUAUUUCUAUAUUUUAUGUAGAGACCAGUAAUCUUUCCCAUUUUUUCCAUUCAUUCUUAAAGAUGGUAAGAUAAUUUUCCCCUUUACCAGUAGCUACAAUAUAUUUUUGAGUGUGAUAUGUUUCUUUAAUACAGUUUUUCAGAGCUGAUAAAGACAGGCUCUUUUCCUGGCAUCUUGUGUUGUACAAAUAUUGCUUCAUAACUAAAAUAAUUCAGUUAUCAACAUUGUUUUUUCCCUCAUAAAAUCCAAAGAUAAAAGACUACUUGUUGAAAGUAAAGGGAAUGAAUAAUAAAUCUAACAAAAAUUCAAAACUUGUCAAAAACAACUGUACUUUUUCACAUUCCCAUAAUGCAUUAACUAUCGUUUCAUUCUCAGUAUUACAACGACUACAGAAUGGACUAUAGACUAGGCCUUUUUUGUAAAUAUAUGAAUUUGUAGUUAGAAUAUAUUGAUUUAUUCUAAAUUGAAGCCAUUGUAAUUUUGUUUUUGUGCAAAUUUUAUUUUUUUAUUUUUUUUAGUAUUGAUUUUAAUAAGACAUCUUGUUUGGUUUAUAUAGCUUUUAGAGAUCGUGUUGGUUUCAAGUGUUGUUGUAAAUAUAUGAAGAGAUAUUAAGAACUAAUUAGCGAUAUUAUUUGUUUGCAAUUGUAAUCAGAGAUAUUAUUUGUUGUAAGAUGUAAUCAGAGAUAUGGUUUUAAUUAGUAAUAUGGCAUUGUAACAAAUACACAUCCCCCUCAAUCACAAUGUGAUCAACAGUCUGUUAUGAACAUAUAAAUCACCUUACAUCUUGCCAACAGUGCAUAAUUAACACAUCACUAGUAGUUUCAUUCUCUGAUAAUGAAUUUCAUUGUGCACACAUCCCUAUAUUUCUAAAUCCACUUGUAUACCUAUGAUUGAGUCCCAGUUGAGUUAAGAAAGUUGUUUAUGUACAACGUAGUAAAGAUUUUCUCUAUUUAGUAGAUGUUUAUGUUGACCUUGGAUAGAACAUAUCAGGAAACUCCCAUACUUUAUCAUUGUAUGGGAAAUUUCAUCAAAAUCUAUUUAGAAAUGUAGUGGUUACAGUGACGGUGACAUUGGCCUUCGACUUUUGUAACCUUUUGAGCACAUUUGAGAUAUUCUCAUUGUCAGCCAUUGUAUGAUUUUUUUAUCAAUAUCCCUGUAGAAAUGAAAUCAUCGGAGUGAGAACAAGAACAUUCCAUGAUUACUGGUACAUGUAAUAAGGGUGAAUAGUAUUCUCCUCAAACUCAUGUAGAAGUGAAAUCAUCGGAGUGAGGACAAACCUUUUUAUGAAGGAUAAUGGUGACCUUAACAAGGCUUUAGCUGUCAGAGAUACAAAUUAGUACAAGAUAUUCUAUUACUUGACUACACUAUGAAGAUGGAUCAAAAUCUGUCCAGAAAUGAAGUCACAAGUACUAGUGUGAUGAUGAGUAUUUUCUGUAAACUGUGAUCUUGACAUUCUGAAACAUGAACUCUUUCAAAAAUAUUUUCAUAUUUGACUGAUGUAUGAAUUUGUAUUGAGUUAUGUUAAGAAUGAGUGACAACAAAGAUUUGAGGAUGUAUUUAAGAAUGGAACUUUUAUAAAUUGCAUUGGAGCUCAGAAUGAAAUGUCUUUGGUUUCUGUGUCCUGUGAUACUUUUACCAACAUACUUGGCCGCUGAAAUGUAAAAUCGUGCACAUUUUUUAACCUUAAUCAUUUAUAUAUAUCAGACUGAUACGAUCAAAAAGUAUUGCUGCUCGUGGUGUUCUUACUAAUGGGCCAGUUAGUUCAAUAACCUGAUAAAUUGACUACAAAAUGCAUGAUCAAUUUUUUUCGUUACAAUUAUGUGUAGAUAUUAUGUAGUUUUCAAUAGAACGAUUCAUGACUUUAAGCCUAUCUCCUUGCUAGAUAUAACAAGAGAAAAGCAGCAGAAUUUCCCUGAUAUUAUUUCUAUAAGUGCUAUAUUGGCAUCAUCACUGACUUACUUUCAUGCCUGAUUAAUUUAGAAACAUAGAUCACAGAUUCAGUGUAUGAAGGAAGGUGUUUCUUACAUUGCAUCAUUGUUUAUUUGUGUAAGCAACUGGCAACAACAGCAUGGAGGAUUCUUUUAUGUAUUUCUUUAAAGUAAUUAUUAAUAAUUUGAGGUUCUUAUAUACCGCUUUAUCACAACCUAGUGCAUAGAUCAUCUCAAAGCAUUUCACAAAUUAUUAUCCGUGGUUAUAGGGCCUUUGCAACCAGCCAAUAUCUUUCUCAACUCCCUGGGGAGUAUACAGCCAGUGCUGUCAUUUCAGCGCUCGCAGCUAGCAUUCAACAAUUCUAGCACUACUCAAACACGCACUCAUUUACAGCUAAUUACACUGUAACAA